AGCUACUUGUACAGAUCACCGACAAAAUCCUCUGCGACAAUAAUAACAAAUGACGGUAUUAUUAUUUCUCCGACAAUUAAAGCAGCGCGUGGUUCACUCCGGCUUGGCCGUAUACCGGCAAUAUCAUUGCGUGCUGCCAUCUGCGUGUUACAUCGCGAGCAAAACCACCGAGGACACCGCCAUCUCACGAAAUCAGAACUCUCGUUAAAAGCUGAUGCUUCUAAUAAACGUAGAACUUUAAAUUACUCAUUACAUUAAUGUUAUAUUAUUCAUUAUAACGAAACAUCGUUCCUCAAUAUUGUAUAAAAAUGAAUGACCACCUAAAUCACAUUUGGCUCGAUAGCUUAUUCAGCUUGCGAAUGAAUUUAAUAGUGUUAUUGAUUAUUUUGUUUCUUGAAUUAAAAUAGAUCCAUACGUAUUAUACUUGAGUUGUGUAUGAUUUUAAUUUAUAAUUCGAUACAUCAAAAACAUUAUUUAGUAACGAUAUGCAAUAUUACAAGAGAACAUCACAAUCGCAUUUGCUGUCUCCGUCCUACAUAAGUUAAACUGUUAAACA